AUGGAAUCGAAAAGAAAAUUCUUGUCAAGCCGUAGUCUGGCGUUAUAUGGUGGACAUGAUGAUGAAAUAAAUUGUCUUGUUUUCUCCAAUGAUCUCGAGAUACUUUUGACGGCGUCAAUCAACGGAUAUAUUCGUCUUUGGAAUACAGUGUUCGAUCAUUUAACAUUUAAAAUUCAUGAAAAUGCAGGCCUUAUUCGAGCAUUGGCUAUUUCAAAUAAUGAUCGCUAUUUCGCAUCGACGGCCAACGAUACAAACGUACGUUUGUAUGAAACCAGAACAGCUUGCUUGCUGUACACAUUUUCCGGCCAUACACACCCGGCGGAUUGUCUGCACUUUUCAAAUGAUAGUCAAUUAAUAGCAAGUGGGGGAUGGGAUUGUCGAACAUUACUAUGGAAUGUGAUCACCGGAGAGCAAAUGUAUGAUUUUCAUCAUCAUACAAAUGCCGUACAAUCAAUAACCUUUCACCCAAGCUUGAAUUUGAUGGCCACUGGUGCUCAUGAUAACACGGUGUUUUUGUAUAAUUUUGAUAAACCAUUGCCAGUAGUACCUGCUAUACUUCAAGGCCAUUUUGGAAAUCCCUGUGUAAACGAUUAUUUUCGAAUGGAUUUUUCUUCGAAGGCAUCUGCCGGUUGGGAUAAAAUCAUCAUUAUUUGGCAAAACGAAUGUGCCCGAAUACAUGCUCGUCUUUUCGGUCAUAUUGGAUGGAUUCAAGCGAUAGCAUUUCGUGAUGGUGACAAUGAUGAUGGCUCGAUACUAGCGAGUGUUGAUGACGAAAGUGUUUGUGUCUGGAAUAUCUUAAGUGGUGAUUGUAUUCAUCGACUUUCGCUUGUCAAUGAUUUGACCUGCUUCGUGAGAUUUCUACCAGAAAAUGGCGGUCUAUUGGUAGGCGGCGCUGUUUAUGAACUACUUGCCGAUCAAUGUGUACAUCCGAAAGCACGAAAACGUACAAAACACAUACGUGAACCCGCAACCGGCGAAAUGAUAUCAAUACCUAAGCAACGCACGACAUUAUCACGACGCGCAAGUCGAGAAAGUAGUGCAAAGAGUUCGACGACAAUUUCAUCUCGACCAUCAACAACACGAUCUAUACUUAGAAAAACGCUACCAAAUACUUAA